AUGGGCUAUGCCAACGACCCCCUCCCGUCUACUCCUUGUUGCGUGUGCCGGUUGAAACGGAGAGGAUGUGAUCGAAACCGACCAAGCUGUGGCGGCUGUAAAGCCCGGGGCCUCGAGGAGGACUGCUCGUACAAGCCCUCUGACAUGCCCCCGCCAAUGUAUGGACAUAUCGGCAUCCUUCGUCAGACCGUCCUAACCGUCAAACAUCCGGAGAUCAUCGCGAACGGCGUUGAGACACCCCAGAGCUUGGAUGAGCCUGCCGGCGUUGACCUUAAUGAUGAACAGGUCGAAGUCGAGUCUGUCCAUUCGGACCAGAGCUUCCACACGGCCAAUUUCUCGACAGAGCCCCCGGAGAUGGCAAGUGACUACUCGCGCCUUAGGCAAUUGCAGCGGGUCGUCGGCGAACGGACGGGUGAUAUCAAAGCGGAAGAACCACUGGAGGAUGGCGCCUUUUGCUCCCCGAUCAUGAGUCCUCCCGGAGAGGAUCCAUCAUCUGCCAAAGGCCCGACGCGGCGUGACUUUCCCGUGCAUUUGACCCAGGAGCUGGCAGAUAGCCUCAUACACAUCUACCUCACGCGAGAAUACGCAAACCUGCCUAUAUUUGACCUGGCCCACUUCCGAUCUGCGUAUGAAGCGGCAAAAACCGGGCGAGAGACGGGUUCCUCCACGGACACGUUCCACGGGAUCCUGAAUGUCAUCUUCGCUAUCUCCGGAUGGAACUCUCACCAGAUGGACUUUGCUGAUGUGGACCGCUUCUUCGCCCACGGUAAGAACUUGGCCCCGGGGAUAGUCCAGCCUGGGAACCAAUGGGAGCACAUACAGAGCUCCCUGUUGCAGAGUCAUUACCUGUAUGCUACCGGGAAGCUGCAGUCAGCGUGGUCGGUCAUUGGAUCUACUAUUAGGAUUGCCCAAACUCAAGGAUUACACCUGAAGACAGGGGGACGGGACGUCGUUGAGAGAAGAGAUCGGGACCUGGCCCGAAGGCUCUGGCACAGCGCCAUGAUUAUCGAGCGAAUGCUUGCGCUGCAGCUGGGGAUCCCACCGCAGACCCCCAACCCGCUCCGCGUCCCGUUGCCUAUGCACUCGGACACCGACUACCUCGACGCCAUCUCGGAAAAGCAGCCUCGGGCACAUGCCGAACGGCCAUCCACGAUAGAGUUUCUGACAGCCUGCGCGAGGCUCUACUGCCACGUCGAAGAUAUCAUGGCCUGGGAAGACGAGUCGAGGGUACAGACCAGCGGCUGUGCCUCGAAAAAGAUGUUAUCCCUGGACUUCAGGCUACUAUUCAAAGUGGACAGUUUCCUAUACGACUGGCAGAGAUCUUUGCCAUCAUUCCUCCGAACCGAGACACCAAAUGGCAAUCCAGAGGACCCCCUCGUCCACCGACAACGCAACAUCCUUCGCAUCCGCUACCUGUACCUCAAACUACGACUACACCGACCUCUCCUGAUCCUCGGCCUCGCAUUAAGCCAUACCCACAAUCCUCCCACAGACAGCCAGUCCCACGCACCCGACAGGAACGCCACAUCCCCGGACUCCCCCAUAGCCCUCAGCAUGAUCCGCGACUCAUCAAGCAAAUGCGCCGGCGCAGCCGCCGAGCUCGCCGACCUCCUCUACAAAAACGAAGACGGGCUACUCAACAGCCAACCCGACGCGCUCGGAUCCAACGCCAUCACCCCAUACUGGGAAAACAUCCACUACGCAUACGCCUGCGGGAUAAUCGCCCUCGCGAACCGUCUCUGCGGGCCUGGAAGCACUGACCCGGCGCGAAUCGACAGCCAGGCGAUGGAGACGACCCGCUCGCGCGCUGUCGACCUCCUCGAUCGGUACAGAAAUAUCUGGCCGCAUGGGUCUCUGAAGCGCGGUGCGCAGCGGUGCUGGGAUACGUUGAUGGGGUUGUCGAAGGAUGUUAGGAGGCCGGCUCCGGAGGGUAACUAUUGGGCAUAUCUGUUGAUUCGUCGACGGCGGCUUUCGCAGGCACUUUGA